AUGGCGACGGCAAGGGACGGAAGGGAGCUUUUUACCAUUUUGGAAACCAGCGCGGAUGCAGAAAGUAGUGCGGCGUGCGACGGCCAAGAGCACCCGCUGAACCUUUCGAGCGGCGUGAAGUGGUUCGAAAUUCCGUUUAAAAAGCCAGGCGAGGAGGAGGAAGAAGACGGGGAGGAGGAUGAGGAGGGAGAGGGCGAGAAUGGAGACGCGAGCACGGCGGCGGGAAGCAGCCUCGGCUGCGACAUCUUGGUGGUGACGCCGCGGAGCAAUGGAGUCAAACACGAGGAGGAGGACACUUUGGAGGAGGGCUGCGUGUCCGCGAGCUGCUCCGACGACUCGGACCUCGACUUCUCCGACUUGGAAGAAGAGGAGGAGGAGCGCGCCGGCUUUCUCGGCUACAACGAGGACUUGUACGAGGACUGCACGUCCCCGGAGUUCUGGGGGGAACCGGACCAGGCGAUCGCCAUCGAGCCUUUCACCGCCGCCAGCGGGCCCCAGCACGCGCUGGGGGAAGACGCCGACACCCGCGACUAUUUCCGGGUACUCUUCCCGGAUUCCCUGCUCGAACACAUGGUGGAACAAACAAACAACUACGCCCUCUACCGGCAGCGGAGGAGCGGCAAAGCGGACCCCCACUGGCACCCGACCCACGCCCGGGAGAUGAGAGCUUACGUGGGCCUCAACAUCCUCAUGGGCGUCAACCAGUUGCCCGAGGCGGGCAUGUACUGGGCCAGCGACAUCUUUAUAGGCAACGCGGGCUUUAAGAAGACGAUGACCGCCAGGCGCUACGAGAAGCUCACCCAGUACCUCCAGCUGUGCGAUAGGGAGGCGGAGCCUGUGCGUGGGGAGCGCGGCUACGACGGCCUCUUUAAGAUCAGGCCUCUCCUGGACGUGCUGGAGAGCACCAUGUGGGACGCCUACACGCCCAACCGGUGUCUGACCGUAGACAAGAGCGUUGUCGCCCCAGGGCGGUCCUCGCCCACCCACUCCAUGCCCUCCAAGCCCCUGAGGAAAGGCCUGAGCGUGUGGAUGCUGUGCGACUCGCGCUCGGGCUACUGCCACCGGGCCAGGAUCCAUGUGGGCCGGCCGAGUGAGGACCAAGCGGCGGUGCUCCAAGGGUACCGGGCGGUGACCUCGCUCGUGCACGGCCUGGAGGGUCAGUAUCACCACCUCUUCAUGGGCAGCUUCUUAACCUCUGUGCCGCUCCUCCAGAGGCUGCUGCGGGAUGGACUCUACGCCUGCGGGCCCACCCAGUCGGGGCGGAAAGGUUACCCUGAGGUCCUGCGUCCUCGGAAUGUGGGCAAGCUCGCGCAGGGCGAGUUCUAUCAGUGCCAGCGGGGCAACCUGGUGGCGACGGUGACACGGGACGUCAAGGUGAUUAGUUUCCUGUCCACCAACUCUGCACCGGGGAUUGUGGGUAUCAGUCCGGGGGAGCAGCACGGCGGGGAGGGGGACAGUGAUAGCAUGGACAGCUCGGGUUUGACCCUUGGCGUGCCGAGGCCGCUCCCCUUGUUGUUGUACCAGGAAAACAUGCGGGGUGUGGAUCUGUGCGACCAGUUGAGGGAGUGCUACCAGGUGGGCCGGCCGUGCAGGAAGUGGUGGCGCUACUUCCUGUGGUUCUACGUCAACCUGUGCAUCGUCAACGCCUACAUCGUCCUGAGGGAGAGCCGAGGGGGCGCGCCCCCGGCGGGCUGCAACGGGAAGCAGUUCACGCAGCGCCACUUCCGGGUGCGCCUGGCCCAGCUGCUCAUCGGCGACUACCAGGGGGCGCGGGGCAUGGAGAGGGCGGCCAGGAAGAGGCACGCCGACUCGCCCAUCGAGUACGGACACCGCCUAGAGCGCAUGUCGGAGCGCUCGCGGCGCUGCAGGAACUGCACCAACAAGGGACUACGGCACGAGAGUGUGUUCGGCUGCAAGAUAUGCAACGUGCAUCUAUGCAGAGGAGGCUGCUUCUCUGAGUUUCAUAAGUGA